AUGUGUAAGUCAAGGCGUAUGUGCAUCUACAAUCGCUCACAUGAACCAACCUUCAGGAAAUGGUGGCUGGCUGAUGGUGAUAACUCCCUCAGCUCAGUCAUACACACAGUCGUUGCUAUUCGUGCACCAACAGGCAGAUAUGCGCUGCCUCGGUCUUCUGUUUAUGUCGCCACUUCGUUGGUGGGCGGCGCGUAUGCCUCUGAGGAUCCAACCCCAGCAGAGCCACUCAAUUAUGGAUGUCCGCUCAAUCCUUCACAGUGCCAGAAAAAUUGCAUAGAGACCGUCCACGCUAAGACUUGGACUUGUGAUGGCAACCUGAAAACUGUUUGUCACUGCAUUGGCUCAGCAACGGCGGCUCCCGAAGCAUUGUUCACCUGA